AUGGGAAAAGAAAAGCCUCUUCCAUACCGACAAUUGUUUAUCAUUUGCGCAUGUCGCUUUGCUGAACCCAUAUGCUUCACAGUGAUUUUCCCAUUCAUUCUCUUCAUGAUCCGUGACUUUAAUCUGACGGACGAGAAGCAUCUUGGCUACUAUGUUGGUUUCAUUACAUCAGCCUUUGCUGUUGCCCAGCUGCUGACAGGCAUUCACUGGGGCAUGUUAUCCGAUCGCAUUGGCCGUCGGCCUGUCAUUCUUUUUGGUCUGUUUGGCACCUUGUCUAGCAUUCUACUGUUUGGCCUGUCGAAAAACUUUGCAUGGGCUUUGUUUUCUCGUAGCUUGUGUGGUCUUUUGAAUGGCAACGUGAGCGUGUUGAAAAGCAUGGUAUCAGAAAUCACAAUCGAACAUUCACCCGAACAGCGAGCACGAGCGUUCUCGUUUUUGCCUUUGAUGUUUGGCAUUGGCAGUAUAUUGGGCCCCAUGCUGGGUGGUCUUUUGUCCAAUCCAGUUGAAACGUAUCCAAGUAUCUUUGGCCGUGGCGGUCCUCUUACUGAUUUCUUUACCGAAUUUCCAUAUUUCCUUCCCUGCUUUGUAUCUGCCGUGAUCUGUGCACUUGGCUUGAUCUUCGGCAUUUUCUUCCUGGAAGAGACAUUAGAAAGCGCAAAGCCAACCACACAGGAUCCACCGACCAAGGUGUUCCAUGAACUUGAGGAAGAACGUCCUUUGAUUCAACACAACGAAGACUACAACACUUUCAAUGGCACAACAACAGAUGACAGCGAUCGACGCUCGACAACUUCGCCCACACCUACUUUACCCGAUCAAUCACCAGCGCCGUCAUUCCGAGAAUCACUAACGCCUGCUGUCCUGGCGAUCUGCUUGGCAUAUGCUCUAUUUUCAUUCCAAGCAAUCUUUUAUGACGAGUUGUUCCCCAUUUGGACGGCGAGCAAGCGGGAAAAUGGUGGCCUUGGAUUCCAAUCCGAUGAAAUUGGCAUUGCAUUGGCCUACUGCGGCUGUGUUACACUAUUUGUGCAGCUGCUCCUGCUGCCUGCAUGGACCAGGUGGUUUGGCCAGCUACGACUUUUCCAGAUUGUUCUCUUUGGCUGUAUCUUUCUAUACUUAGGCCAAGGUUUUACGCGCUACAUGUACAAUAUCCCCGAUCCAAGCGGCCACACGCAGACCAAGUUCUGGGUCUGGGUAGGGCUGAUUCUCACUUCGACGUUAAAGACCAUGUUCCAUACCACUGCAUUCACGAGCUGUACCAUCUUGACAAAUGAUGCUGCGCCACGGUUGGAUUGCUUGGGUGCUGUGAACGGCUUUGCUCAAUGCUGUGCAAGUGGCAUGCGGGCUUUCGGACCGGCGACAUGUGGUGCAAUCUGGUCCGCGUCAUUAGGAGCCGAAUGGAUCCCGUAUCCCAUCCGGAUCCACAUUUCCUGGAUUACCUUGUCCAUUGUCGGCGUUGUUACCUUCUAUUCGAGCACAAAACUUAAUCCCGUCGACUACGAUACUUCAAAGUUCUUGCGUGAAGAGCAAGUGUUCCCUCCUCCAGAAGACGAAGAAGACAUGAAUCGUCGUGCUUAG